AAAUGAUAUUUUCAUGUUUGGCUUUAGUUUAUUUAACCUGCAGUCAUGCUUUUGGUUUAGCAAUGUUGAAAUAUUUUGAAACUUUGAAUGAAAUACAUGCCUCAUCAUAUGUUAAAAGAUCUGAUGGUGACCAAAGACUCAUUAAACAUUUAGAGUUCACUGUUUUUCAAAGAACUUUCCAGCUAACACUUAGUUCUGGCUCAAGCCUUUUAUCUAAAGACUUUAAAGCUCAUCUUGUUGAUGGAGAGGGAAGAAUGAAAUCCUACACAGUGGAUCAAACCCAAGUCUUCAGUGGGCACCUAACUGGUCUGUCAUUCACAUUAUCAAACUUUUUUGUAGAUAAUGAAGAUGCACCUGUAACAGCAUAUAUGGGAGAUAACUUCUGGUCGAUACAUAUUUUUGAUGAGAAUGAAACUUAUGCAAUUGAGCCCGCUAGAAAUCUGUUAACAUCAGCUGAGAAUCCAGAGAAUGACACUUACAUUGCAUACAGGGGUACAGAUUUGAGAAAUGAAGACGAACACUGCGCUGCAGUGAAUCCAGAAAACUUUGGAGAUGAUUUUUUUACCAACAUCCCUCAGAUGCCCUAUUGGAAACCGGGUUACAUGAGUCCAGAGAGAAAUCCAAUGGAAAACACCUGUUAUUUGUACUAUGCUGCUGACUAUUACUUUUACUCAAGGAGAUGUAGGAAUCAUCAUGCCAUAUGCACUUCCUUGAUGAUUAAUUCACUAGAAACAGUGGAUAGAAUAUUUAGGCAAUCUAAAUUUCUUGGUCCUUAUGGGAAUGUAAUCACUGAUAUUGGAUUUCAGAUAGGAAUGCUUGUUUUGUUUGUUUCACCAUCAGCUUCCCAUCACUUCAAUAAAGUUCACUUCAAUGCCAGGGAUGUGGCUUGGACAAUGGAUUUAAAAUUAGAAUCUUUCUCCCAUUGGACAAGCAGUUUACCAAAAUUGUACUGUCAUAAUCAUCUACUAACUAGCUAUCUAAUGCCAAAGCAGGUUCUUGGAAUAGCAUACCUUAAUGGACUCUGUGACUGGAGAGGAUAUAUCAACAGCGCUGUAACAACAGAUGAAAGUGUCACUGGUUCUAUACCAAGUCUAAUGCUCAAUCUAGUUAUAGCACAUGAAUUGGGAUCUUUCAUCUAA